AUGAAUUGGUCCACCACUUCGAAAUAUACCAAUGAACAUAUUCAGUCAAAUUUAUUUACCGAACAAAAUACUCAUUACUUUCCUUCCUAUACUCUAUCGAAUAUGAAGGUUUUUGAGAAAAUAGUUUACCCAUUUCAAAACGGAGUUGUUCAGAAAGAAUCUAAAAAAUAUUUACAUUCUCAAAACCAAGAUAACAUUACUUCAACAAGUCAAGAAUAUGAAAUGCUGGACCCAUUAUACAGUGUUGAAAACUAUCAAGACCAUUACAUUGAGAAAUAUCCUCAUUAUUAUUCAUUAACAUCCACAUCACUACAGGAAUCAAUAAAUUCCCAAUCAAUUAACAAAGAACGUGUAUCAUUUGCAGAUAAUCUCUAUGACUCUUGUUACUUACGUAUUCAUAAUGACAAUAAUAAUAGUAAUAAACUUGAUAAUAAAAAUAAUAAUUACACAGGACUUCAGGAUGAAUAUACAGGUCUAAAUGCUAUACCUACUUGUUUCAAAUGCUAUCACUCUACUUCAAAUUAUCAACAACAUUCUGUACAAAAGUAUCUCUUUGAUCAAACCAGCACUGAUAUGAAUAAACAUAAACAAAUUCCAGAUCAUUUCAAUACUGUAAAACGUGAUAAUAUUGAAGAUGUAAAACAGACAAGUAUGGAGUUAAAUGAGGAAAGACUUAGUGUAGUUGGAACAAAGACUUUAACAUGUCAAUGGAAAUCAUGUCGCUUGACAUUUACCGAUCAUAAAUCAUUUGUAAAUCAUAUUGAAUCAUCACACGUCAGUUCACAUAUAUCGAAUAAAGAAUAUUACUGUUAUUGGGAAGGUUGUCGACGUCAAUUGAAACCAUUCAAUGCGCGUUAUAAAUUAAUUGUUCAUUUACGCAUUCAUAGCGGUGAUCGACCAAAUAAGUGUACGUACCCUGGUUGUUUCAAAGCGUUUUCUCGUCUGGAAAAUUUAAAAAUUCAUAUACGUUCACAUACUGGUGAAAGACCAUUUAUUUGUCAACAGGACGGUUGUGAUCGUACAUUUUCAAAUAGUUCUGAUAGAGCAAAACAUCAACGUACUCAUAUACACACUAAACCAUAUGCAUGCAAAAUAACUGGUUGUACCAAACGGUAUACAGACCCAAGUUCUUUACGAAAGCAUUCAAAAUUGCAUUCGAUUUUUGAGUUAAGUCAACCAUCAAAAAGUGAUGUUAUCAAAGAAUGUAAACUAAGCAAGGAUGUAAGACUGAAAUGUUCUAAUCAGUUAAAUAUUCGUACACAAAAUCAAAAAACGAUAAUUUUCCAGGAAGAUAUGAAUUAUUCACAAAAUUAUUAUCCAGAAAACAAUACUGAUUCAUAUGGUAUUUAUGGGUCAUUUAAUGACACAACACCUUCUUAUUGUAUUCAAAAUAACUUGAAGUUAUCCAACAGGAAUUGUACAAAUAUUCAAUCUAGUAACAUGACAAAGAUAACUAAUGAUAUUCCCUGUUCAUACAUUUCAUCCUAUCAGUCUACUGUUAAUGGAAAUUCUCCAUCACAAUGGAAUUCGUCUUUGGAUCAGUUCAAUUCAUAUGAAAUUGAUCAUACAUCUAGACUUAAAUAUCACUGGAAUGAGGAUUCAUCAUAUACUCAUCAUAAUCACCAACAUAUUAAAUAA